AUGGAGGAGGUGGAGCAGACAGAGACAGAGGUAGUCACAGACGAUGGCAGUCUUUUGUACUACACCCGUAACUUCCAACGCCAAGGAAUGAGUGCGACAUCAAUGCACUGGUCGUCUGACUCAUACCCCACCACUCUAUCCUAUGGUCCUGCAGAAGAAGGGCAAGAGGUACAAAUUGUGGAAGGCGAUGAGAGAGACAUUCAAAGGAAACAAUUGAGGAGUCAGAGGGUCAAACAUGGGUCAGGAUUAGGGUCAGAUGGUCAAAUGAUUGACCAGACACUGCUUUCCUUUGGAUCCAAUGACCCAUUUAAUGGAAUCGAUCCAACGACCAAUGGCUUAUGGAUAAUGGAUGUCCUUCAUGGAAGAGAAUGGUUGGACGAAGACCACUCUCACAAAAGACACAGUUUAACUAUAUUGGUCGGUCACCUCCUCAGACCUGAUAACUUGAAAUCAUAUUUUCUUUACUUGGAUUUUGUGGAAAGAGAGAUAUUGUAUGACGACGAUGACGGUGAUAAAGUUGAUGGGACUCAAAGAUAUCAACCAGCAAUUGAUUACUCUUUUCGAUUCAUGUGGUGCACGUGA